AUGAGUCGCAAAGACGUCCUCAGUCUUUUCAUCUCCCUCACACUGCGCCCUCACAGCCGUUGCCCUUAUCGACUUCGGAGUGUGUCUCGCAGAGCCUCAACUUCGCAUUCGCCUAUACCGGAGAAGGCACGAGUCGAGAUCAAGAAGCCAACGAUUCCCCUUCAUGUCGGUCUGGACCGAAACCCUGAAAAUCUUUCUGCCAUCUCAAAGAUCCCAAUCCCACGAGGAGUGACGGGUGAGAAAUUCACCCCUUCGGUCCUCUCCCGCCCGCUUGGUCUUGAGCACCCCCCACGACCUGGUCAAAACAGUCCUGUCGACAAUCGCACCCUCCGAGAAAGACACGAAGAUUUCACAAGUUACGAGAAGGCUCUCGAGCGGCGGCGGGUUUACCUGCGGACGUUCUUCCGUCCUUAUUUUCAAGAAUGGCGACGAGUUGAUCAUUUUAAAGGAAAGAGUUUUGUGUCUAACCCUCGACUAUUCAAACGCGAAAAGGCACUCUAUUUCCCCAAUAUUUGGGGUCAAACACUUGCCGCGGAAGGCGAUGGACCUCAAGGAGGACGGGACACAACUCCCGUGCUUAUGGGAAAGAUUUCUGUCAUAGCAAUGCAGUCAGGCCAUUGGGCAGAGGAACAGGUUGACACAUUCAUCAGCGUUAAGAGCAACCCGGAGCUGAACAGAAUAAUUCAAGAAAACAAGAACCGUCUCCAGCGAGUGGAUAUCAAUCUGCAGGGCGACUGGGUUCGUGCUCUGCUUGUGAAGAUGUUUAGUGGACGGUUGAGAAAAACCGUACCAGAAGAACGUUGGAACAAGUACUUUAUGAUCAAAUUACCUCGGGAUAUUCGUCGCGGUCUCAAUGACGAAGUGCGCGAUGCCAUUGGUCUACUCAAUUCACAAGUCGGGUACGUCUAUCUAGUGGACUCGAGCUGCAAGAUUCGAUGGGCAGGGAGUGGUCAUGCGUGGGAAGGUGAGGUGGAAGGUUUGAAUGCGGCAGUUCAGAGACUGCUUCAAGAAGAACAAAAUCUGGGACAGACAUCCUCCCAGACCAUAUCCGCUCGCCCCAAACCCGUUGCUACCAAACCAAAAGCCUCAACGCCUCAAAUCGACAGGUCGACCGCUAUUAUGAACAAACGCAAUGCAAUACCCGCAGCCAGCACAGCCUGA